CUUAUUCCCGUUUGCCCUCAGACAUCAAAGGGCGGAAACAGCCAUGGGCUGCUUCUGUGCGGUCCCAGAGGAAUUUUAUUGUGAAGUUCUGCUUCUGGAUGAAUCCAAAUUGACCUUAACCACCCAGCAGCAGGGGAUAAAGAAGUCAACGAAAGGGUCGGUUGUCCUAGGCUACGUAUUCCGGCAUUUAAACCUUGUGGAGAUAGAUUACUUUGGACUCCGUUACUGUGACAGAAGUCACCAGACGUACUGGCUGGAUCCUGCAAAGACCCUUACAGAACAUAAGGAACUCAUAAACACUGGUCCGCCAUAUACAUUGUAUUUUGGAGUUAAAUUCUAUGCAGAAGAUCCUUGCAAACUGAAGGAAGAAAUUACCAGGUAUCAGAUAUUUUUACAAGUGAAGCAAGAUGUCUUGCAAGGCCGCUUGCCUUGUCCUUUCAACACUGCUGCUCAGCUGGGAGCUUUUGCAAUACAAUCUGAACUUGGGGACUAUGACCCAUACAAGCACACUGCUGGCUAUGUAUCAGAAUACCGCUUUGUUCCAGACCAGAAAGAAGAUUUAGAAGAUGCUAUAGAACGGAUACAUAAAACUCUGAUGGGCCAAGUUCCAGCUGAGGCAGAAAUGAAUUACUUAGGAGUGGCGAAAACACUUGAAAUGUAUGGAGUUGAUCUUCAUCCUGUCUAUGGUGAAAACAAAUCUGAAUAUUUUCUAGGAUUAACCCCUGUUGGAGUGGUUGUCUAUAAGAAUAAGAAGCAAGUUGGAAAAUAUUUCUGGCCUAGAAUUACAAAGGUCCACUUCAAGGAAACUCAGUUUGAACUCAGAGUCCUAGGAAAAGAUUGUAAUGAAACCUCCUUCUUUUUUGAAGCACGCAGCAAAACCACAUGCAAAAAUUUAUGGAAAUGCUGUGUAGAACAUCAUACAUUCUUCAGAAUGCCAGAAAAUGAGUCUAGUUCUCUCUCAAGAAAACUUGGCAAGCUGGGUUCCCUUGGUUAUAAGCAUCGGUACAGUGGGAGGACAGCUUUGCAAAUGAACAGAGACAUCUCCGUCCAGCUUCCCCGACCUGACCAAACUGUUGAAAGAACUCGCAGCAAGACUUAUCCAAAAAGAAUGCCAAAAACACAACAGAUUGGAUCAUAUUGUACAAACCAGGAUGUUACACACAAAGAGACUGGAGAAAAUGAACAAACUACCAGAAUUAUUGCCCCCUCACCAAUAAAAAGUUUUAAGAAAUCAAGAAAUGAAAGCAGCCCAGAAACCCAGAGAAGUAAACCUAAUGCACCAUGGGAAGAAAACUGCUCUCAGAGUGGGCUUUAUAAUUCUCCCAGUGACCGUAACAGAUCACCAAAGUUUCCUUAUUCACGACGACGACACCUUUCAGGAGGGAGCGAAAAUGAACCUUGUCAGCCACUCAGAAGGAGAUCACGAUCCCGUUGUAAUACCAGCAGUGGUAGUGAGUCAGAAAAUUCCAACAGAGAACAUCGGAAGAAGAGAAACAGGUUACGGCAGGAAAAUGAGAUGGUUGAUUCAGCUCCUCAGUGGGAGGCAGUGCUGAGGAGACAGAAAGAGAGAAACCAAUCUGACCCCAGCCAUCGGAGAUCCAAGCACAGAUCUCGCUCGAGAAGUCCAGAUGUGCAAGCAAAGGAAGAAUUAUGGAAACACAUUCAGAAGGAACUCGUGGAUCCAUCAGGCCUCUCUGAGGAACAAUUAAGAGAGAUUCCUUACACCAAAAUAGAGACUCAAGGUGACCCUGUUCGCAUUAGGCAUUCCCAUUCUCCUCGGAGCUAUCGUCAGUCUCGACGCUCCCAGUGUUCUGAUGGAGAGAGAUCUGUUCUUUCAGAAGUGAACUCUAAAAUGGACCUUGUGCCUCCAUUACCUGUAACACGCUCUUCAGAUGCUCAGUACUCCACCAUCACAGUAUCUCAUCAGAGGAGAAACGGGUCUAAAGACAGCUUGUUAGAAGACAAGGCACAGAUAUCCAUUAACAACCUGGAUGGAAAGCACAGUACAAAGACAGUAAAAAUUGUACAAGCAUCACGGCUCAAGAUGGAGGCCUGAUUCCAGUGAAUACUAAAUGGAUGCCACUUCUAGAAUUUGUGA